AUGGAUCCAACAGAACAACGUUUCAGAACCAACUUGGCAAAGGCGUUACCCAGUCUGUCAACCGCCACACAAGCCGUGCACGCAGAUGAUGUCCUCAACAAUGUUGACGACGUGGCACCGCCAAUCCACGUUGCCGCAACCUUCCGUUACCCACGAGCUCCAGACCGCAUGCGAGAACACCACGAGCGACCUUCGUACCCGGUUCUAGAUGUUGGAGAGCACUGCUACUCGCGGCAAUCUACGCCAGGAUUGUCGCGUCUGGAAACCGUCUUGUCUUCCAUUCUAGGCCAACCCUGCAUUGCCUACUCUUCUGGUCUUGCGGCAUUUCAUGCCUUGCUGAUCAUGUUGAGACCUAGAAAAGUCUCUAUCGGAGCGGGAUAUCAUGGUUGCCAUGGGACCUUGGAGCUUUAUGCCCGCUCCUCUGGAACCGAGGUGCUCUCACUCGACUGCGCCGUCGACCAAUUAGGUCCAGGUGACUUAAUUCAUCUAGAGACACCUGUCAAUCCGACAGGAAAAGCAUUUAACAUUCAGUACUACGCAGACCGCGCCCAUUCCAGAGGUGCCUACCUUAGCGUGGACUCGACGUUUGCACCCCCUCCACUCCAAGACGCAUUCAUUCAGGGUGCAGAUGUUGUCAUGCACUCGGGUACAAAAUACAUCGGAGGCCAUUCCGAUUUCCUAUGUGGUAUCCUGGCGAUCAAGAGUGGCAGCCCCGGCAACGAAUGGCUGCAGCAACUUCAUCGGGAUCGAUUAUACCUUGGCUCUGUCAUGGCAGGUUUUGACAGCUGGCUUGCAACCAGGAGCAUCCGCACUCUCGAGAUGAGAGUCUUCAAGCAAAGCCAGUCAGCCGAGGCUAUUGUCAGUGCAUUGAGACUUGGAUUGGUAGGGUCUUGUCGGCAGCCGUCGUUGAUAAGUCUCAGCGAUAAAGAGGCUCAGAUCAUCCAAAAAGUGGUCAAAGAAAUUCAUCACGCCAGUCUGCAAGACGAAGCCAAUAUAGAGGGAAGCUGGCUACGGAAACAAAUGCCUCGUGGUUAUGGACCGGUGUUUUCUCUAACGCUUAACAAGGUGGAAUAUGCCCGGAACCUUCCGUCCAAGUUGAUGCUUUUCCAUCAUGCAACUAGCCUCGGCGGUGUAGAGAGUUUGAUCGAGUGGAGGACAAUGACAGACUCGACGGUGGCCAAGGACUUUCUAAGAGUUAGUAUUGGCGUGGAGGAUCCAGGAGAUCUCUUGGCGGAUCUAAUCCAAGGUCUGGAAGCUGUCGUGGCUGAGGCUAAUUGA